GGAAGGACAGAAGACAGGAUCUCUCACAGCUCUCCACUGUUCCUAUCUACUAGAAUGAUAUCAGGGGCUGUGUGCACUCUCGUUCUCUUCAUCGCCGUUGCCAGAAUCACUGCUGCAAAAAAAAAUGUUUGGGAGAAUUCAACAUUCAGAGAAGUGGAGGAUCUUCCCUGGAGGGUGUCCCUGAACAGAUAUCCCAGCCAUGGACUCCUGGCUACAGCUCGUACACUGAGGUUGGGUGAUAGAAAGACCAUAGUGUCAUUGGAUAAAAAGAUAAAGUCUAAAGUCACAUUGGACAAUACCACAGGGCUGAGAAAGACUAUUGAUCACCAUGGCAAUAGACUCCCAACAAGUGUCCUGGUGGAACACUCUUCUACAAAUGAAUAUAGCAACUCACAAAAGCUUCUUCAGGAUAGAAAUCAUCUUCAGUCUGCUUUAGUGUCCUCUCAUUUUCUUUCUACCAAAAUCAGCUCCAUGCAAGAACAAAGAGACACCAAGACCAUCAUUUACAGUUUUUUGGACCAUGAGAGUAACAGACCUGGUAAGAUCAGUCCAAAAAACAACCUAGAUCUUUCUCAUAACUCAAGCAAAGUAGCCUGGAUUAUCAACAGGCACCCCUCCCGCAUCCUCUAUCAAUUUCAUGCCUUCAGGAAAGAAUCUGAUAGCAAAGAAAGGAUUUGUUUGUCUGAAUGCCACAAAGAAAGGGAUGAACGAGAGGCCUAUUGUAACAGUGACUUUGCUGUUAAUGGGAUCAUUCAUGACGUGGACACUCUCUCUAAAGGCACACAGCUCUUGACUAUACUGGUAAAUAGUGGUGGGCUAUACAAGAUGAAUCGUCUUUAUAUAACGCCUGACGGCUUUUUCUUCAGAGUGAAGAUUUUAGCAGUGGACAAUUUAAACUGCCACAAAUCCUGUUUGGACUUCAAACUUGGGAGCAGAUACAUUAUAAUGGGGCAGAUUUAUCACAAGAGGAUGGAAUUACCAUUGUCCAUGCAGCAAACUAUCAGUGGACGUCUAAGAGCUGGAGAUGGUCUUGUGACAAGUGGCAGCAAUUUUGUGAAACGAUUUAACCGGAAGAAAGAACGCAAGGUGCUCGCAGCCAUGCACUCAAAGUGUCAAUGAUUCUGAUACAAACAUACUGGAGAGCAUUUAUUGUUUGGCAAGAUUUUUUUUCUGACCGAUAUGAAUUUUCAUACUGCGCAUGCACACAGAGUUUUUACAUAUUCAUUUAGAUCUAUAUUUGACUGCCCCCCCCCCCCCCCCAACAUUUGGAUAGGUGCAGCAGCGAUGGGCAAAGCAAAAUCUGUGUACACUGAGGGCGUAUUAUACUGUAGUAAUGCAACAUAGUAGGAUGGGGGCACGACUCCAGAUACACCGUUUAGUAUCAGUUUCUCUUGCAGGCCUCUAAGGUUGGUGCAACAAUAUGCAAAGAUGUGAUGAGUACCAUCUUCCGGCUAAUAACUUACUAAGACAAUAGUCCUCUUGUGUAGAAGACAUUACAUUAUAUACAAAUAGUGCAACAUAUCAUUAGCAUUUGGGGAAGAGGGGAAGUCAGUUGCACAGGAAAAGAUAUAAUUGGUGUCUUUAUCAUAUAGACUUGUAAAUACCACUAAUUUGUGUACGGCAUCAAUUGUUCAUACACAUUUGGGGGUGCUACCACAGAUCAUGUUACAAUGCAAGAUAAAGGAGGGGGGGAAAAAGGAGAAAGGAUCGGUUUAUGGUGAACAAAUAAUUAGAAUUUACCUUUUAAUUAAUUCAUUUUAAAAUCGGUGACAUAUUAUAUUGUCACAUAUCUUACUAAUUAGUUGCAUGCGAAAUAUAAAAAAAAACAUAUAUAACAGUUAUGUGAAAGUAUGACAAUACUGUGAGCUACAAAA